CUUCAAAGUGUCCUCCUCCAUCUGUCACAUCAAGUCAAACAAAUGUUUGGUAAAUUGUUUCAGGAUAAUGAGUAAUAGUGCUCUAUUACAGUUGGUAAUUAGUAUUAUUUGAGUUAACUACAAGGAAACAAAGCAAAUAUUAUAUUUAAACAGAACACGUACCAUUAUACCAGUACAUUUAACUGACGCGAUAUUACAGUGAGAGUGAAGAGAAAAUGGCUAACGAAAACGCAAAGAAUUUCGCAAACUUGGAGACACCUGGUUAUGUUGGUUUUGCCAACUUACCAAAUCAAGUGCAUCGUAAGUCAGUAAAGAAGGGCUUUGAGUUCACUCUGAUGGUGGUUGGAGAGAGUGGUCUGGGGAAAUCAACACUUGUAAACUCUCUGUUCCUGACAGACUUGUAUCCUGAACGUGUCAUUCCUGAUGCUACUGAGAAAACCAAUCAAACUGUUAAAUUGGAUGCAUCAACUGUGGAGAUUGAGGAGAGGGGGGUGAAGCUUAGAUUGACUGUAGUGGAUACGCCAGGAUAUGGUGACGCGAUUGAUAACACUGAUUGCUUCCGAUCAAUAAUACAAUAUAUAGAUGAGCAAUUCGAGAGAUUCCUCCGCGAUGAGAGUGGCCUCAACCGUAGGAACAUCGUUGAUAAUCGCAUACAUUGCUGCUUCUAUUUCAUAUCGCCUUUUGGACAUGGGCUGAAACCAUUGGAUAUUGAAUUCAUGAAGCAGCUUCACAAUAAAGUAAAUAUUGUGCCUGUUAUUGCUAAAGCCGACUGCCUCACCAAGAAGGAAGUGCAGAGGCUCAAAUCUAGAGUGAUGGAAGAAAUCGAACGAGAAGGCAUCAAGAUAUACCCGCUGCCGGAUUGUGAUAGUGAUGAGGAUGAAGAUUAUAAGGAGCAGGUGCGUCAGCUAAAAGCGGCAGUUCCUUUCGCGGUGUGCGGCGCUGGCCAGCAGUUGGAGGUGCGCGGGCGCCGUGUGCGCGGCAGACUCUACCCCUGGGGAGUGGUUGAAGUGGAGAACCCGGAGCACUGCGACUUCAUCAAGCUGAGGACUAUGCUCAUUACUCACAUGCAGGACCUGCAGGAAGUGACGCAGGAGGUCCACUAUGAGAAUUAUCGCUCUGAACGACUCGCGCGUAACGGACAAGUGCCUAAACGACAUACGUCAACUGAGAGUGGUCUGAGCGAGGCUGACUCCAACGGACUGAACGGAUCUAACGAAGAUGCAUCUGAACGGGAACGUGUUCUGCGUGAAAAGGAAGCGGAGCUUCGCCGCAUGCAGGAGAUGUUGGAGCAGAUGCAGCGCCAGAUGCAGCUGCAGGCCGCCGCCGGCACCACCGCAUAGGACGCGAACAUCCAACAGUUGGACACAAGUACGGCUGUCCAACUGCCGGACGCUUGCGACAUCGUCAAUUCAAUACUUCGCGCCAUCCCGUACUGCGUCACGAGCACUUAGCCUGUCUCGUGACCACAUACAGUUACUACGCUUCACAUAAUCAUCAAAAUGCAGAUAUAUUAAGCUUUUUUAUAACUUUUUUUAUUUCGUUUACAUUUUAAAUGUAUACUCUAUGGUUAAUAUUGAUCUGUGAAGUCUUUGACGACUAGCUGGCUGAUUGGCUGAUAUUUUGACAUUUCUUUAUGACCAAUUCUAAUUUUUUAAAUAUAAAUUGGUCGGAAUGUAAUGCUUAGAAUUAAGCAGAAUCGACGAAAUAAAUCUUUAAUUCAACGAAUAUGUUAAUAAGAUGUUACAAAUAACCGAAUAAAUAUAAUAAAAUUGAAAAGAAAUCUCAGCUUAAUAUAAGGAAAUGGAUAUUUUACUUUGCUUUGAAUCGUUAUCGAUUUUAUAUAUUCUGUGCAAUUUAGCAUUUGUCUAUGGUAUAUGGUAUAUAGAUGAUGGAAUAAUAGAUUGGCUGUAACAAGUAUUGCAAUUUUCAAUACAAAAUGAAAAAUACAACACCUUUGUAAAAUAUCAUGUUAACAAUAUUACAUUGACAAUACUAAAUUUGUUUUAUUUUGUAUGGCCUGUCUAUUGUAACAUUAAUCUAUGGUAUAAAAUAAUAUGACUGACAGAUAAUCGAAUGAAAUUGCAAUAUAUAUAAUAUACUAUUAGGUUCCUAAUAUUUAGUACAGUGUCAAUUGGUAAGGAUAAUUACUUAGUAAAUGAUUGCAAUCUCUUUUAGCCUUAACUGUUGUGUUUUAAUGCAAUUUUUAUUACAAUAACACUCAUAUAUGUCAUUCAUUUCUCAUAAAUAUGUAACCUAUAAUGAGUAUUUCAUCUAUCUAUUGCUAUCUCUGUAAUUCUCUUACAAAGAACAGAAAUGGCAACAGUUUUACGUCACUGGAUGUCAGUUCCAUGUAAACUCAUGCAAAAUAAUAUGGUAUUCAUUUGUUUUUUUUUUUAUUGUAAAUUCACAGUAAAGAAGACAAUUAUGUCUGUCUUUGAUUGAAUUGUGUACAGUCAGCUCCAUAAAUGUGAAUACAUUUAUAAAACUUGUAUAGGUAUUUGGUUUGUAAAGUAUUUAUGCACAUACUCUUAAAUAGCAUGUAUUCGUGGAUAUAGGCAAGCUAACGGAUCCACGUAUUCACGUUUUUUAUUUCACGUUUUUAUGCUUUGUAAAUGUUCAUAUAUUUAUGUAGCUGACUGUACUAUUGUGACGUUUUGGUGUUUGAAUAUCAUGUUAUUGUCCAUGAGUAGUAUGUUAACAUUAAUAGUUAGUAUUUUGACUAACAAAGUGAUUAUUUAGAUUUGUACACUAUAAAUUGCUUUUAAAAUCUAUCUAUCUAAUUAUAACUCUGAAUUUGAGUUACAUUGCAGUAUAAAAAUCUUACUUUCAUUAGAAAAGCAUAGACAACAAAAUAUAGAUUAAAAUAAAUAAAAAUAAAAAUUAUAUGAUCAGUUACUUGUAGAUAAAUAAAAACGUUUGUAUUUUAUUAUUAACCAUUUUAAAUAUACAUUUCUAUCUAAUUCUUAUGUGCCAUUUCAAUUUGAGCCAUACUGAUUAAAUAAAUAAAAUGACAGUUUAAACGAAUACGAAUAUUGGGCUCUCAUUUUUUCGAAAAAAAAACAAUUAUUUUUAUUAACGUUUAAAACUCCUAAUUUCGAAAUUAAAUACAUAACAUUAUAAUUAUAGUUAAUAUGGACUGAUUUAUUUACCAAGUAUUUACUUCAAAAAUGUAUUAUCUCUAUGUAUUAUUUUUAGUUAGAAUAAGUUAUGACAUAUACAAUCGUAUACUCUCUAUAUUAAAAAAAAAAUAUUGAAUUGUGUUUGUGUGUAUUACUAUGUUUAUGAAAAACAAAAUUACCGUACUUAAAAGAAAUAAACCUAUUGUAAAAAUGCUUGCAGCAUUGUUAUGGAACCGAUAAAUCGCACAAUAUAUGCUUCAAUAGCUCAAAAUACAGAUUUUAUGUACUUUGUAGCAGAUAUUUCUCAUUAUUUUAAAAGUUAAUUGCCAGUCAAGCUUCAAGCAGUAAUGGCCGUUCACAUUUUAUCCAAUAAAUAGUGUACAUUUAAAUAAAUGUAGAUAGCAGUUGAUAAAAUUAAAAAUCCAAAAAUUUUCCCUUAGAUAAAUGUAUAAUAGUGAUUAUUAAAUUAUCUGGCCUCUUUUUUAUAUUAAUGUAAAAAAAUUAAAAAAAAUCGGAUUGGUGCAUUUAUUAUUAUAAGAUUUUAAAGAUAAAACAAAAAAGCAAUAGCCUAUGAUCAUUGCAUUCCAUAUAAAUAUACAUGAUUAUUGAUUAUUGAACAGCAUAUAUGGAACUUUUUUAUAAAGUGUUAAAAUUGGUGCCAAAGCUCCUUGAUUAAAUUAAUUUUGGUUAAAGUAAUUUAUCGAAUAGCAUCGAAUUCUUGUGUCCAUGUUGAUAACCAAAUAUUGCAUGUAUGAAAAGCUAUGUAAUCAUAUUUUUAUAUUAAAACAUUAAAAUAUAUUA